CACUCCAGACUCUACAUGGCUUUUCUGAUUAUACAACGCGGAAACGAGACGUUUCGCUGUGGAGGGUUCCUGGUGGCGGAGAACUUCGUGCUGACGGCUGCUCACUGCAAUGGAGACAAGAUCAUUGUCGUCCUGGGAGCCCACAACAUUACCCAACAGGAACAGAGCCAACAAGUGAUUCCUGUGAGACGCCCAUACCCCCACCAGGAUUAUGACAAGGAGGCGCCCCGUAAUAACGACAUCAUGCUGCUGCAGCUGGAGCACAAGGCAGAACUCAAUGAACAGGUUGGGCUCAUUCUUCUCCCCCCGGCUCAUCAGCGAGUGAAACCAGGGACCAUGUGCAGCGUCGCCGGAUGGGGCCGCACAAGCGCACUCAGUGAGGUGCUCCCCGAUGUGCUCCGGGAGGUGGAUUUGAAGGUGCUGGAUGAUCAGACGUGUCUGAAGUACCCUGGUGGGGCAUAUCGUAACUAUAACAGCCGCAUGAUGAUGUGUGUGGGGGACCCAAAGGAGCACAAAGCCUCUUUCAAGGGUGACUCGGGGGGCCCCCUGGUGUGUGGGAAAACAGCCCAGGGCAUCGUUUCUGGGGGACCCAGCAAUGGACACCCCCCCGGAGUGUACACAAGAGUCUCCACCUUCAUCCCCUGGAUAAGAGCAGAGCUGCCUGAGCGCUACCAGCUUAGGGCAGCCCCGAUGCCUCCGGACCCUGAAGCACGGCGUUCGUUGCCUCCUGGUGCCUGCCUCGCCCCACCUGGAGACCUACGUGCAGGUGUUGGCGAGGGUGUGAGGCCCACGGCCAUUGUGGCGGCCUCCAAAAUGUAUGGCAAGGUUGUCUUCUUCCUUGCCUCGGUGACCGCCACCCAGGAGGCGGUGGAGAAGGGCCUGGCGCUGCGGGGGCGUAUCCUCGAGCCAUCAUCUCUGUCCCCCGACCCAACCCCUGUCAUCCAGCCCACAGACAAUGCCAUGGAGGGCUGGACCCUAGUACAGGGAAAGCGGGGCAAGCGGAAGGCUCGAGCUCUACUCCUGCCAUCUGGCGCGGAGGCCCCCCGAAAAAACCAGGAAGGGGGCCACCGCUGCCGAGCCUUCCGCCUUGCCGGCAG